AUGGAGAACCUACCAGUCGACUUUUUUGUUACAUCCCAGGCUUUUACCAAAUCUACGUUUCGUGAUGUCUAUCCAGCCAUAGAUCCAGCUUCACCUUCAAACAGCCAAGCUGGCAAGGUCAUUGUCAUCACCGGCGCCUCAAAAGGUCUUGGUCGAAUUUCUUUCGCUACAUCUUUUGCCAGAGCAGGCCCCAAGGCGAUCGUUCUCGUUGCCCGAACCGCGGAGUCUCUUGCAGCAACUGCGAAAGAAAUCCAUGCUAUUGACAGCAAGAUCGAAGUUCUCACCGUCCCGACCGAUCUGCUCAGUGUUGAAUCUAUUUCCGCGUUGUGGGAGAAGGUCAAGGCUAAGUUUGGACACGCCGAUGUUCUCGUCAACAAUGCGGGAACUCUGUCCGGAGGAGGCCCUCUCAGUGAUGCCGACCCUGCAGCAUGGUGGUCCGAUUUUGAGGUGAAUGGCAGAGGUACAUUCCUCAUCACUCAAGGCUUCCUCCAACUCCUCGGAAAGGAGAAGAAGGGAAGCGUCAUCAAUCUCACCACCGGAGCAGCUGUUUCCAUCUUCCCGGGAAUGUCCAGCUACUCCAUCUCGAAGCUCAUCCCAGUCCAACUCGCAGCCUACGUCGCAGCCGAGAACCCCAACGUCACAGCCGUGGCGCUACACCCAGGAACUGUCCACACCGACAUGACGCUUGACUCCUUUGUGCGCUUCUCGAUCGACACUCCUGAGCUUGUUGGGGGAAUUGGAGUCUGGCUCGCGACGGAGAAGGCGGCUUUCAUGACGGGGAAGUAUGUUAGCGCGAAUUGGGAUGUUGAGGAGUUGACGAAGAGGAAGGAUGAGAUUACGGGGGGAAAGCUAUCGGUUGCUUUGGUUGGAGAUUUUGGACAAGAGCAGUUUUCUUAG